CAGAGCCGAGCGGCGCCGCGCAGGGCCGAGUGGAGCCGAGCAGCCGCCGCGUCGCGUCGCCGGUUUAAGCGCAGUGCGCGGCCUUGGCCGGGGGCGGCGGUAGUGAGGCCAGCGCCGCGCUCCAGCCCCCUUUUCCCUCCAUGGUUUCUCUCCGCUCCCGCGAGUAACUUGGCUCCGGGGGCUCCGCUCGCCCGCACGCCCGCACGCCGCACGCCGCUCGGGACCACGCCGCCUCCGCCAGCCGCCUCCUUCCGACGGCCCUCGCCGCGCAGGCCGGGUCGCCUCUCCCCCCUCCGCCCCCGCCGCGGAAAGUUAAGUUUGAAGAGGGGGGACGAGGGAAACAUGGACAUGAAGAAGAGGAUCCACCUGGAGCUGAGGAACCGGACCCCGGCAGCAGUUCGAGAACUUGUCUUGGACAAUUGCAAAGCGAACGAUGGAAAAAUCGAGGGGUUAACGGAUGAAUUUGUGAACCUAGAGUUCCUCAGUUUAAUAAGCGUAGGCUUGUUUUCAGUUUCAGAUCUCCCCAAGCUACCGAAAUUGAAAAAGCUUGAGCUCAGCGAUAAUAGAAUCUUUGGAGGUCUGGACAGACUAGCAGAAGAACUUCCAAGCCUCACACAUCUGAACCUAAGUGGAAAUAAGCUGAAAGAUAUCAGCACCUUGGAACCUUUGAAAAAAUUGGAUUGUCUGAAAAGCCUGGAUCUCUUUGGCUGUGAGGUCACUAACCUGAACGAUUACCGAGAGAGUGUCUUCAAACUCCUGCCCCAGCUGUCCUAUCUGGACGGCUAUGACCGAGAGGACCAGGAAGCACCUGACUCCGAUGUGGAGGUGGAUGGUGUAGAGGAAGCCCCCGACUCAGAUGCAGAGGUGGAUGGUGUGGACAAAGAAGAAGAGGAUGAAGAAGGAGAAGAUGAAGAGGAAGAGGAAGAUGAGGAUGGUGAAGAGGAAGAGGAUGAUGAAGAAGAGGAUGAAGAUGAAGACGAGGAUGUAGAAGGAGAAGAUGAUGAAGAUGAAGUCAGUGGGGAGGAAGAAGAAUUUGGACAUGAUGGUGAAGUUGAUGAAGAUGAAGAAGAUGAGGAUGAAGAGGAGGAAGAAAGCGGGAAAGGUGAAAAGAGAAAGAGGGAAACAGACGAUGAAGGAGAAGAUGAUUGAGACCCGAAACAAUCUGCAAGAACCAGAACUGUUGAGUAUUGGUUGGACUGCUCAUGGAUUUGGUAGCUGUUUAAAAAGGUAGCUGUGAUACGACCCCAGGACACCCCACCCAAAGAGCCAAAGAAUAGUUCCCAAGACAUUCCGCCUUCCUCCGUUUAGCCCCUUGGUAAUCCACCACCAAGCCUGGGGACUUCUGCCCCAACAAAAUUGUAAACGUUGUUAGGUUUUCGUGUAAGACUCUUGCUGUAUCGUGACAGCAGUGAUUGGUGAGUUGACCGUCCUGGCUGCCAGUUACACUGCGAUUGUAACAACAUUUUUACUUUCUGUACAACAAGGAAAAGCUUUGUAAAUAAAAUCUUAACAUUUUGGGUCUGUUUUCUCAUGCUUUUCUUUCUUUUUUUAAGACAGUAGGACAUUUUAUGUGAUGACUGCUCAAAAAGUAUUUUCUAAGACGAAGUAAAAUAAACGCAUUACUCUUUGGUAAAGCCUA